UUGACACAGACAGAAAUUAAGUUAUUAAAAAAAUACAAAAAAAUCAAAUACCAGCGCCCCCAAAAGAAUUUAGCUCUUGUUGAUUAGUCGCAUCCACCAAUGCCAGCAAGGAUUCUCCUGUGAAUCCCCUUUUUACGAAAAGAAAAUUAGCUCGGGUAUAUAUAGACCGUCGAUUACAAGCAAGCGCAAAGAAGUUGUUACCAAAAGUUGUGCAGUUUUUCCAAGUGCUAACAGUUCCAACGAGUGCAAAAAUGGAUAAAAGUGGUCGGGAUAACCGCUCCAACCAAAUGAAUCCGAAUAAUUCGGCCUACUCUUCAAGCAGGGGUUCUUCAAACACCGGUUCGUCCGGACGUUCCUACUCCCAGCAAGAUUACGACAAUCGCUCGAAUCAACUCAACCCGAAUAAUUCGGCGUACUAUGGCUCACGAGGACAGAAAAAGUAAUUUUUCCGCCUUUCUGUACUUGCACAAUGUUUUAACACAUUUGUGAUUCGUCUCGAAUAAAAUUUUCUAAAAA